AUGGCUUCCUGGACGAGCCCCUGGUGGCUGCUGGGGUGGAUGGUCUUCAUGCACUGGGCGCUCCUGCAGACGGCGGCGGAGACGGCCCCGGGCGCCUACUUCCUGCCGGAGUUUGCGCUGUCCCCGCAGGGCAGCUUCCUGGAGGACACCACCGGCCAGCAGCUCCUCACCUACCGCUCCGAGGACCAGACUUCCAGAAACUCGUCCCCUGAGGAGGAGGAGGAGGAGGAGGAGGAGGACAAGGAUGGCAACUGGGACGCCUGGGGCGACUGGAGUGACUGCUCCCGGACCUGUGGGGGCGGGGCCUCCUACUCCCGGCGCCGGUGCCUGAGUGGGAGGAAUUGCGAGGGGCAGAAUAUUCGCUACAAGACGUGCAGCAAUCAUGACUGCCCGCCGGACGCCGAGGACUUCCGCGCCCAGCAGUGCUCGGCCUACAACGACGUGCCGUACCAGGGCCGCCACUACGAGUGGCUGCCGCGCAGCGACGACCCCGCCGCCCCCUGCGCGCUCCGCUGCCGCGCGCGCGGCCAGGCGCUGGUGGCCGAGCUGGCGCCCAAGGUGCUGGACGGCACGCGCUGCCGCCGCGGCGCCCUGGACAUGUGCAUCAGCGGCGCCUGCCAGGCGGUGGGCUGUGACCGGCAGCUGGGGAGCCGCGCCAAGGAGGACAACUGCGGGGUGUGCGCGGGCAACGGCUCCACCUGCAGGCUGGUGCGGGGACAGACCAAGCUGCACGUGUCGCCCGAGAAAAGGGAGGAGACUGCGAUCGCCGUGCCCCUGGGCAGCCGGAGCGUGAGGAUCACGGGCAAGGGGCCUGCGCACCUCUUCAUCGAGGCCAGAACCCUCCAGGGGCGCCGAGGGGCGCACAGCUUCGCCGGCCCCGGCGUCUUCCUGGUGGAGAACACGACGGUGGAGGUGCAGGGGGGCCCCGGCGGGCAGGCCUUCCGCAUCCCCGGGCCCCUGGCCGCCGACUUCAUCUUCAAGGCCCGGUUCACGGAGGCGGGAGACAGCGCGGCUCAGUUCUUCUUCUACCAGCCCAUCAGCCACCGGUGGCGGCGGACGGACUUCUUCCCCUGCACCGUCACCUGCGGAGGAGGUUACCAGCUGAACUCGGCCGAGUGCGUGGACACGCGCCUGCAGAGGGUGGUCCCCGACCAUUACUGCCACUACUACCCCGAGAACGUGAAGCCCAAGCCCAAGCUGAAGGAGUGCGGCAUGGACCCCUGCCCCGCCAGCGACGGCUUUAAGGAGAUCAGGCCCUAUGACCACUUCCAGCCCCUCCCUCGCUGGGAACAUAACCCGUGGACGGCGUGCUCGGCGUCGUGCGGCGGCGGCACCCAGCGCCGCAGCUUCGUGUGCGUGGAGGAGUCGCUGCACGGCGAGAUCCUGCAGGUGGAGGAGUGGAAGUGCAUGUACGCGCCCCGGCCCAAGGUCAUGCAGACCUGCAACCUCUUCCACUGCCCCACGUGGGUAGCCAUGGCCUGGUCCCAGUGCACGGUGACCUGCGGCCGGGGGCUGCGCUACCGGGUCGUGCUGUGCAUCAACCACCGGGGGCAGCACGUGGGCGGCUGCAACCCGCAGCUGAAGCUGCACAUCAAGGAGGAGUGCCUGGUCCCCGUCCCCUGCUACAAACCCAGAGAAAGAAACCCAGUGGAGGCGAAGCUGCCGUGGCUGAAGCAAGCCCGGGAGCUGGAGGAGCCCAGGGUGGCCACGGAUCGACCCAUGUUCGUCCCGGAGCCCUGGUCCCCCUGCAGCGCCCCCUGCGGGCCGGGCGUGCAGGUGCGGGAGGUCCGGUGCCGCGUGCUGCUCAGCUUCGCGGGGACGGAGACGGAGCUGCCCCCGGGGGAGUGCGAGGGCCCCCCGCCGCCCGCCCGGCGGCCCUGCCUGCUGCAGGCCUGUGCCCCCGGGGCGCCCGCCGCCCCGGCCCCGGCCCUGCCCGCCGGGCCCGGCCAGCCCACCUACCACUGGGAGUACGCCGGCUUCACGCCCUGCACCGCCACCUGCCUGGGAGGCCAUCAGGAGGCCAUUGCGGUGUGUCUGCACACGCAGACCCGGCAGACGGUCAACGACUCGCUGUGUGACUCGGUGCACCGGCCUCCCGCCAUGAGCCAGGCGUGUAACACGGAGCCCUGCCCGCCCAGGUGGCACACGGGCCCCUGGGGGCCCUGCUCGGCGACCUGCGGCGUGGGCAUCCAGACGCGGGACGUGCUCUGCCUGCACCCCGGGGACAGGCCCGCCCCGGCCGAGGCGUGCGGGGGCGACCGGCCCCACGCCCUGCAGGCCUGCAACCAGUUUGACUGCCCUCCCAGCUGGCACAUCGAGGACUGGCAGCAGUGCUCCCGGACGUGCGGAGGGGGCGCCCAGCACCGGAGGGUCACCUGCCGGCAGCUGCUGACGGACGGCAGCUCCCUGGGCCUGUCCGACGCGCUGUGCCACGGCCCCCGGCCGGCGUCCCGUAAGUCCUGCGCCAGGACUGACUGCCCCCCGCACCUCACCGUGGGCGACUGGUCCGAGAGCGGAGAGGAGAGACGAAGGGUCCCCAGAUCCUGGCCGCCCGGCGCGUGUACAUCCAGACGCGGGAGGAGAAGCGCGUGCACCUGA